CCAAAUUUCUUCUACUUCUACCUAUAAGCCCGAGAAGUGCCAAUCAUGUCUGCAUCUAAAAACGAUCAAGUGAUACCUUUCGAAGCACUACCGCUGGAUCCCAAUGGCCCGCGUGGGAACGCCUGGGGUCGAUUUGGACCCAACGACGAGCUCGGUACAUUGAAUCUUCUUACUCCGGAGGUCAUUGUUCAGGCUGCAAAGGAGAUUUGCACUGGAAUCCGCAUAUCACUUGACUGGCCGCUCAGCAUGCCGAGCUACCCUAGUUUCGAUCGAAAUCCGUUCAAGCAGGAGCUUGUUCUGCGGAAUCCGAAUUGCAUUUAUGAUGACAUUUUGAGCUUUAAUAGCCAGGGGUCGACACAGUGGGACGGAUUUAGACAUUAUGCUAAUCAGAAGAUGCGCCGCUUCUAUAACGGACACACAACGGAGGAGAUUGAGAGUUCUGAUGUGAUUGGUCUUCACACCGUUGCCGAGCAUGGCGGCAUGACAGGCCGAGGGAUUCUCCUCGACUUCGCCGAUUGGGCCGAAUCAAACUCAGUAUCCAUCUCAGCUCUUGAGUCACAGGCUAUCACUCUCGAUAGCAUCAAACAGGUAGUCAAGGACCACCAACUUGAGUUCCGCAAGGGUGAUAUCUUGUUCAUCCGUAGCGGGUUCACGGCCGCAUACAACAAGCUAGAUGAUCAACAACGACGGGAUAUGCCCAAUCGUCCAACACCGGAUUUCAUUGGUGUGGAGGCGACUGAAGGAAUGGUACGCUGGCUGUGGGGGCACCAGUUUGCUGCUGUGGCUGGUGAUGCACCAAGCUUUGAACGUGCUCCGAUCCGUGGCAGUCAUGCAGACCCGAAUUUCAACUUGCAUGAAUGGGUUUUGGCUGGAUGGGGGACUCCGAUUGGGGAGAUGUUUGACUUGGAGAGGCUCUCUCAGCAUUGUAAGGCUACUGGAAGGUAUAGCUUUUUCUUGUCUAGUAUGCCCCUCAAGGUGAUUGGUGGAGUGGCCAGUCCACCAAAUGCUUUUGCUAUUUUCUAG